AGUGUACCUACCUACCUUACCUAGGCCAUAAUCUUUCCGGACGCGCUGCGACCACGCGUUUUCAAAAAACCGUUUCUUCUCUUUCAUUUUGUCUCAUCUCAUCUGUUAAUCUUUUCGAGAAAACAUUGGACUCCUUCAAAGUCAAUAAAUAUUAUUGAUUUUGAAGCAACUCAACAACCUCUUUAUUUAUAUCUUCCCAUUUCCCCUUUCCAAAGCAAACGAUCAUUCAUAUUGGGUUUCCCUACAUUUUAAUUUCUUCCCAUCUGAAGGGAAAUCCUGUAUCGGAUCAAAUUGAAACCUCCCCGCCACCGAUUUCUCUACCGACCAUCCCAAUCACCAUUGUUCUAAUUCCAUUCUUAACUUAUUCAUCACGAGAUACAUUCUUCAUCUUCAACAACCAACCUUGUAAAAAAAAAUACAAGGAAAAGAAUACAAAGUAUCAUAAUCUACUUGACCUCUUCAUCUUCAAUUUCUUCAUACAUCGACUUUAAUUUGAUUAAGACAAGACAAAAUACAUCACACCAUGUCUUAUCGUAUCACGCUUGCCGAUAAUAACCGUUCUGGUUGUCAGGAUGGCGAGUGCAAGAAGAAUGGCGUGAAGAUCGUGAAAGGUGAACUGCGCCUCGGUGCGUGGGUUGAGAUCGCAGGCCAUGGAUCGUGGCGAUGGAGACACUGGGGCUGUGUCUCGGGCUUGACCAUCGGCAAUAUCCAGGAGGCCAUCGCCAGUGGAGAUGACUAUAAUUGGGAUAUGAUUGAUGGUUAUGACGAGUUAGGCGACCACCCUGAUAUUCAGGAAAAGAUUCGACGUGUCAUUACCCAAGGACACAUUGAUGCCGAAGAUUUUAAAGGAGACCCCGAGUUCAAUAAGCUCGGCCAGAAAGCCAUCCGUGGUCGUGUCUCGAAGGCAAAGGCUAAAGCCGAACAUGAAGAUGAAGAUGAGGACGGCGAGGAGGAACCUGCUGAUUCCAAAAAGUCUUCCAAGCCUACCAAGAAGGCUCCCGAGAAGGUCCCCUCCAAGCGAGGCCGCAAGAAGGUUCAGGAAGAUGAUGAGGAAGACGAGGAUGUUCAGCCAGCCCAAAAGAAAGCUAAGACCGUCCGUAAGACCAAAAAGGUCGCCGACGAGGAAGAAGAGGAGGCAAAGGCCACAGCCCCUGCCAAAGCACCUGCUAAGAAACCUCGAGCCAAGAAGGUUGUGAAGGCUCCGAGCCCUGAGCCCGAUGACGACAAGGACUCCGAGGUAGAGGAACCUGCCCCUGCCCCGGUCAAGGUCAAGGCCAAGGCCCCUGCUAAAGCAGCUACCAAGAAGCCUCGAGCUAAGAAAGUUGCCAAAGCUCCGGUCCCUGAGUCUGAUGAGGAAGAGGUCCAAAACGAGGAUAAGGCGGAGGAGGAGCAGGAGGAGCCCAAGCCUGCCCCGAAGGCCAAGCCCCAGGCGAAAGCUGGUCGUAAGGCAAAGGCAGUUCAGGCGCCCGCAGUCGAAGAAAAUAUCGAAGUCGAAGAGGAGGAAGCACCAGCUCCAAAGCCGGCAGCCAAGGGAAAGGGUGGCCGUAAGGCUAAGGCUGCUCCAGCUGAGGAGGAAGUUGCCGCCGCCCCCAAGAAGGGACGAGGCCGAGGCCGUCCCAAGAAGACGAUUGUUGAGGAAGAGUAAAAUACUGGAGGAUGCAGUACCCUAUGAAUGCUGGUGGUUCAUGUUACCACCCCGAAACUCACUGCUUAUCACCAAGUACUUACCCACCUACCUAAGUACCUAGCUCAUUGCGACAUCUAUACAAAAAAGGCGUGCACGGAUAAUAAGUGUUUAUUUCCUAUCUCUUCACCUUUUUGGGGGGGAGAGAGGGCAACUUUCCUACAAUUGUGGUCGUGGAGGACCGAGUCAGCAAGUUAAGAGUUAGGAGUUGAACAUAUGAUGUUCUCUACCUAUCUAAGCUAUAAUAUGAGCAGGAAGAAAGAAAAUAGGAACCUGCGGAAGAACAUUGGAGGGAGUUAUCAAUUAGUCUUGCUCUGAGAUACCAAAUCGAUGCUGAAGAUUGCUUUUUUCUUUUGCUCUUGUAAAUGUUACCUAAUGAAUUGAAUUUUUUGGAGUUUUUGA